AUGGCAACAAAUCUUCCACGAGCCGCACGCUCUGUUCUAUCAGGAGCUGCAUAUAGACAAGCUACAAAUCAUAUGAGAUUACAGUUCCACUGUUCAGUUCGAUCACAAUCUAUAUCUUCGACUGCGAGGACCGCCGCGAGCCCAAAUCCACCGUAUGUCCGUAAAGCCAACAAUGGCAGCCCGCCGCCAGCGAAACAAACUCCCGCCCCAGCGAAAGCAGCCGCAGCAGCACCUAGACCUGCGCAAAACCAGGCAGUAUCCAUGGUCGAUGAUCAGUCGCCUAUAAAGGAUAUGAGCUCUGGUCUGGCAGAUGAGCCAAUAAUUCUGGACGAAGACUCGAAGCAGGUUGACUGGGGGAGGUCUUUCCACGGACUAUCAACCCAACCUUUUUCGAAAGAAGCUGCAGAUAUCUUGCUCACCCCUAUACCCUUUGAUGACGUGGAAGUGAAGCCGGAUGGAAUUAUAUAUUUCCCAGAGAUCAAAUAUCGCAGGGUGCUGAAUAGAGCUUUCGGUCCUGGAGGCUGGGGGCUAGCUCCAAGAGGAGAAACGAUUGUUACUCCAAAAAGCAUUACUAGAGAAUAUGCGUUAGUUGCGCAUGGCAGAUUAGUCUCCGUCGCUCGGGGUGAGCAACAGUACUUUGAUCCGGAGGGAAUCCCCACAGCCACCGAGGGCUGUAAAUCCAACGCCCUUAUGAGAUGUUGCAAGGACUUGGGAGUCGCCAGUGAGCUUUGGGAUCCACGAUACAUUCGAAAGUUCAUGAAGGAAAAGGCAAAACAAGUUUGGGUGGAACAUGUGGUCAGCAAGAAGAAGAAGCAAAUAUGGAUCAGAAAAGACGAUGAGGUUCGGUAUCCAUUUAAGGAAUCCAAAUUUGGGGCAUAA